AUGAGGAGUCAAAUCGCCCAAUUGUUGGAGCAGAAUGAGGCACUUCUCGCCUCAGUCGAAACUAUCCAACAAGUGCAACAGCAAGAAAGGGCCGACUCUCAUCACGGCGAUUUGGAUGAGCCAGAGCCUCAACCGUUUUCAAUUGAAAUAUGGAACGCUCCGGUUCCCGAUAACUUUAAACCGCCUCACCUACCAUCUUUCGAUGGAAGAGGCGAUCCUUCUGAGCAUGUAACCGUCUUCAACACUCGAAUGUCCGUUUAUAGAGUUGCUGACUCCCUUAAGUGCAAGCUUUUGGCGGGAACUUUUACUGAUGCAGCUUUGCGAUGGUACAUGAGCCUUCCUCGUUUCUCCAUCGUGAGUUACCAAGACAUGACGAAGAAAUUCACACAACAAUUUUCCGGGACCCGUCACCGGAAGGUGCUAUCAACUAGUUUGUUCAACGUUCGGCAAGGACCGAACGAAUCGCUGAGGGAAUACCUCGCCCGUUUCAAUGAUUCAACAAUUAAAGUCUCCAACCCCAACCAAGAAGUCUUUGUCGGCGCAUUUCAGAAUGGCUUACGGGCGGGGCAAUUUAAUGAGUCACUCGCCCAAAAACCGGCCGACUCAAUGGAAGAGAUAAUAGCUCGUGCCGAGUGCUAUGUGAAAGGUGAAGAAAGCAAUGCUGAAAAGAGGGCUAGAGAUGUUAAGGAAAAAGGAAGCUCUGGUGGAGAGCGAAGAAACCAUUAUGUUCCUCCUAACAGAGACAGAGGGACGUUCAAGAGGCCAUAUGAAAGAAACCAGCAACGCUACAUUCCAGAGCUAUUUACCCCUUUAAAUACUCGCCCUGAGAAAAUCCUCAAGGAAGUUUUUGAGUCCAAAAUUAUCCCGCCACCUCCUCUCAAUCGCUCAAAAUUCAUGGGUCCGGACAAGGACGCUUGGUGCAAGUACCACUUGAUACAAGGUCAUAACACAAACGAUUGUGUUCAUCUAAAAAGAGAGAUUGAGAAGCUCUUACUCAAUGGAAAAUUACGUGGUUGUGCUAAGGAGAAACAUCACAGUGAAAGGCGAGAGGACAAGCCUAACCCUGAACCAAAGCACACUCUACACACUAUUUCUGGAGGAUUCGCUGGCGGCGGGGAGUCAAGCAAUUCAAGAAAGAAGUACGUUCGCCAGGUAAUGCUUCUAGGAGACAGUUCUUCAUUGCCCACAAAGUACCUAGACGUUACUUUCUCAUCUGAAGAUUUUGAGCGAGUAGUCCCCCAUGACGAUGACCCGCUAGUGAUUUCUGUUCAGAUAUUCAACUGGGAGAUUAAAAGGGUUCUGAUAGACACUGGAAGCUCGGCGGAUGUUUUAUAUUUCGAUGCUUUCUCCAAAAUGGGUUUAAGCGAGGAACAGCUCCAGCCGUUUAACGGAACCCUCUCAGGUUUUACGGGCGAAUGA